GGAACAGUUGAAAUGUAUUUAGGAUUGCUUGCUCUCUACUUGGUUUUGGUACCUCUCCAAUUAUAUGCUGCCAUUCAUCAGCAUCAUCACGUAACUCGGUUGUUUACAACUUCACUAGCUCUUCAGAUAACUUAUGUUUUUUGCAGUGUUGUUCAUACGGUGAAAUUUGCAGUUGAUGGAGAAGGUUUUGAAAUCUUGGAUAUUGUAGGAGAUGUGAUGCAUCUUCUAGCUCAGAGCCUUUUUAUGCUACUCUUGCUUCUUCUUGCAAAAGGGUGGGCAAUAACUCGUACAGAAUUAACAUGGAAACCUGUGAUUUUUUGUGUAUGGCUUCUUUAUACAUGUGUUGGUGUUUUAUUAUAUGUUUGGAAUAUGACUGAAGUUGAUGUCAUUGACGAUAUUGAUGAAUAUCAAACGUUUCCUGGAUGGAUUAUUCUAAUUUUUCGGCUGGCCAUAAUGAUAUGGUUCUUGUAUGAACUGAGAUCAACAAUGCUUGAUGAGAAUGAUCGAGCCAAAUUACGUUUUUAUGUUCAUUUUGGUGCUGGAAUUCUAGUUUGGUUUGUCUACCUUCCUGUUGUUGCACUGAUCGCACUACAGAUUUCUGCAUUAUGGAGGGCAAAACUUCUUCUAGGUAUUACCUCUAGUGCAGAUUUUCUGGCUUAUGCAAUCAUGGCUCAUCUCCUAUGGCCCACAAGAAGUGAGCAAUACUUUCAACUUGCAUCUGAAUCUGAUCCUGGAGAAGAAUUGGAGGAAUUUAAUGAAGCUCCACACAAUGUCCCUAGGCCACAAAAAGUGUGACUUUUUCCCCUGCAUGUUUAGAACUUUCUAUUUAUACUGUUCUAAGUAAAUUGUUGUAGAAUAUUUUGUUGUGUAAAUAAUAUUGCUCAUUUUUUUUAAUUGAUAGCAGAUCAUGCAUGCUGUUUAAAUAGAAAUAUGAAUAAAUGUUGUUAGCCUCUAAUAUUCAUGUAUUAUAUAGGGAGUUUUAUAUCAUUUUAUAAUAAAUUUCAGCUUCUAGUGUUAGAAGUAGUUUUGAGUGUAUUUCUAUUUAUAGUCUGUUUUGCAUGCCAUGUUAAUAACUAGUUCUUGGAAACUAAUGCUUACUGAGUAAGAAAUUUUGGUUGAUUUUAAAUCAGCAGUUUUAAUUAAUCUGUUUCUGUGUAACAAAUACUUUUAAAUAUUUUAAUAUGCCAAGUCUUCAGUUUAAAAAAAAAAAAUGCUCUGUGAGCCAUUUUUAUUACAUACUGCUCAAAAUUAACAAUGUCCAUUUGUUCCUCAAAUUGAACAUAUAGUGUAUAACGUGAUUUUCUAUUUACUUAAUUUUUUUUCCCAUUAAUUUUCUAGAACAAACCUGGAUUUAAUUAUGUGUAGCUUUGUCAAAAUAAUUUUUUUAAAAAUUAAGUAAUAAUUUGAAGGAAGGUUAGUGUAAUACUUUAAAAUUAAUUAAAUAUUAAUAACUAUACAUUUUCAUUUGCACUAACUUCUGUACUAAAUUUAGGAAGCAGGGUGAUUUUUCAAUAUUUCGACAUUUUCCAGAAUUUUUACUAAUUAUUUUAAGGAAUUUAUAUAAUAAUAAUAAUAAUUAGUACUUCAUUGUUAAAGCAGCCCCUUUAAGCACUUUGUUAAAUAUGUGACAUUUAAAAUUAAAAAUUUGGUGAAAACUAGAGAAAUGCUAUUGCAGCCUUUAAAAAAUUAAAAAACACAAUGUAUGAAAGAAAAUAACAUUAUUUCGAGACUGUUAUUCGGCACUUGCUGCUAUUACAGAAACAAGUGUUGGUAGUUUCUGAUUUUUGCCCAUAAUUCAAUAACCAAAAUUUUUAAUAAGAAAUUAGUUCAUUUCAUAUGUAAACAUUAGGAGAUGAAGUGUCUUAUGAAAAAAAAAAUAACAUUAUUUGGAGACUGUUAUUCGGCACUUGCUGUUAUUACAGAAACAAGUAUUGGUAGUUUCUAAUUUUUGCCCAUAAUCCAAUAGCCAAAAUUUUUAAUUAGAAAUUAGUUCAUUUCAUAUGUAAACAUUAGGAGAUGAAGUGUCUUAAAAAAGCACAUCUGUUAGUUUUUAUAGCAUUAUAUUUUUAUUAGCUAAUAAUUAAUUAUGUAUAAUUAAUUAAUAUAUUAUUAGCUUGUAGCAUUUAUUAAUAAAUAGCUAUAAACUUUUAAUAUGAUCAGCUCUAGUAAAAGUUUCAUCUCAAAAAGCUUUUGUUUUGAACAAUUAAUUAAUCCCAGUUUUCAAAUAGAAUAAAGAAUAAAUUUUUGCAAAAAUGUAUUGGUUUCAAAAUUGAUUGCAGAAUAAAUAUUCUCAACAAAAUGAAUAUUCAUAGCAGUUGCUAGAUGUAAAAGAUUAAAAAAAAAAGUGCUAGUAUAUAUUCAUUUCAUUAAACAUGAGCAAUAUAUAAAUUCUUUGCACAGGAAAAAAGGAAACUUCUUCCAAGAAUCGAAUAAAUUAUUUAAAAGGUUUGUAUGAUGGAAAUAAUAAUAAUGAAGAAGAAAACCAGAAGUUUUUAUUCUAAUAUGUCAAAGAAAUGAAUUUUCUAUUAAAAAUUUUUUAACUAAAUA